AUGUUCGCAGGUUCUUGCCGAGUCAUGGGACCCGGAAACUACUCUAGCAACACCAGUACCAAUGGAGAGGAACUAAAGCCUUUGCGUGGAAUCGUGCAAAUGGAAGUAGGCCCGUCCCACCGGGACCGAAUCAAACAAUCAGAGUAUCGAAAAUUUCUGAAAAUUAGGACCAUUGUUUUCGGUAUCGUGGCCUUCGUAUUCUUUGUUGUUGGACUGCCUCUCGUCCUGUGCUCCAAGGAGACUGGAGGUCGUGUUAUAUGGGCAACUGGUCUCAUGUCUCUAGUACUGGGUGGCGUUUGUGCCCUCAUCUUCUUCAUCUACCUGCCAAUUUUCAUGCGGGUAAUGGCAACGCGAUCAGAAACUGCUGCCUAUCACCCACGAACAGCUGAGGCACUGAGAGACUCGCCGUAUCCACGUCAGACCGACAUAGCAGUGCCAUCAAUAGCAGAUCAGCCGUCUUCACGACCACUGACUGCAAUCAACCCAAAUUAUGACCCAUCUGAAGAUCCCUUGCUUCAAAAGAACAGUGGUGAACUAACCCUUUUUGCGUCGGAGGUUUCUCCUUCGAUUACAAAUUCCAUCUCCACUGAGUCGAGUGAGGUCAGUAAUGGACAAAAUGAUACCCCGUCGCCGCCCACCAGUACCGUGGUUGCUAAUGAGCUCAAUCCCUCUGAAAAUACUCUUGUUCUACGCAGCAAUGAAAUCACUCCACCUCCUGGGGGAGCAGGAGACGGUCCUUCUGGUAAUUCUCCAGGCAUGGGAGGAAGUGGUGGGGGUGGUGGUGGCAGCGCCGGUGGUUCUUCUGGUGGUGGUGACGGCGGCAGCCGUCCCGGCGGCAACGACCGCCACAAUAACACUCCUCCUACCCAACAUUCCUUCAUUUUUGAGCCUCCUGCGAGAAAUAGUCAUGGUACCGAGGGUCGAGCUAUUGCGCUAAGGGCCAAUCACUUUGAAAUUACCGUCCCUCACGGCUUCCUCCAUCAUUAUGACGUUGCUAUUAGUCCUGAGAAAUGUCCACGUCGAGUUAAUCGGGAGAUUAUUGAGACGAUGGUGAACUCGAUGCACUACCAAAACUACUUUUACAACCAAAAACCCGUCUUUGACGGCCGCCGCAAUAUGUACACCAGGGACCCCCUUCCAAUUGGUAACGAGACAGUUGAAUUGGAAGUCACGCUCCCUGGAGAAGGUCGGGAUCGUGUCUUCAAGGUCGCAAUUCGUCACGUCUCGGAAGUGUCUCUCUUCUCCCUUGAAGAUGCGUUGGACGGGAGGUCCAAAAGAAUACCUGCGGACGCUGUCAUCUCGCUUGAUGUCAUCAUGAGACACCUGCCCAGUAUGAGUUACACUCCUGUAGGCCGGUCCUUUUUCCAAACCCCCGAACGAGGUUAUGAUAACCCCUUGGGUGGCGGGCGUGAAGUAUGGUUCGGUUUUCAUCAAAGCGUUCGGCCGUCGCAGUGGAGAAUGAUGCUUAAUAUCGACGUUUCUGCGACAGCAUUUUACAAAUCCCAAUCGGUUAUUGACUUCAUGUGCGAGGUUCUCGAUCUCACUGACAAGAAUGACCAGCGUAGGCCACUGACAGAUAGUCAGAGGGUUAAGUUCACCAAAGAAAUUAAAGGGCUAAAGGUUGAGAUAACCCACUGUGGCAGCAUGCGCCGGAAGUAUCGUGUGUGCAAUGUCACUCGGCGCUCGGCGCAGUCACAAUCAUUCCCUCUACAGCUUGACAGUGGUGCAACGGUGGAGUCUACGGUUGCUAAGUAUUUCCAGGACCGUUACAAUAUUGUUCUGAAUUAUCCUAACCUGCCCUGCUUACAAGUGGGUCAAGAGCAGAAACACACCUAUCUCCCAUUGGAAGUUUGCAACAUGGUCGCAGGACAACGCUGCAUCAAGAAGCUCACUGACAUGCAGACCUCCACAAUGAUCAAGGCCACGGCGCGAUCAGCACCCGAUCGGGAGAAAGAGAUUAAUAAUCUGGUGCGACGGGCGAAUUUCAAUGCAGACCCGCAUCUCCAAAUGUUCGGCAUCACCGUGAUUCCGCGCAUGGUGGAUAUUCAGGGCCGAGUUAUCCCGGCACCGAAAAUCCAGUACGGUGGACGAACGAAGGCCCAGGCCUCACCCCAGCUAGGUGUGUGGGACAUGCGGGGAAAGCAGUUCUUCUCGGGCAUCGAGAUCAAAACCUGGGCUAUUGCCUGCUUUGCCCCAAAGCGGAUUGUUAGGGAAGAUUCUUUACAGCAAUUCGUCAUCCAACUGCAGAAGAUCUCCAACGAUGCUGGAAUGCCAAUCCAAAGCCCACCUUCCUUCUGCAAAUAUGCCACGGGACAAGACCAAGUAGAACCCAUGUUCCGUUUCCUAAAAAAUCAGCACGUCGGUCUCCAACUCAUCGUUGUCGUCCUGCCCGGCAAGACACCGGUCUACGCCGAAGUUAAGCGAGUCGGUGAUAUCAUGUUUGGCCUUGCCACCCAGUGCGUGCAAUCCAAAAACGUAAACAAGACCUCACCUCAGACCCUCUCUAACCUCUGUCUCAAAAUCAAUGUCAAGUUGGGUGGCAUCAACUCCAUCCUGGUGCCUGCCGUGCGUCCCACGGUCUUCCGCGAGCCUGUCAUCUUCUUUGGGGCUGAUGUGACGCAUCCGCCUGCCGGAGACAAGACGAAGCCGAGCAUCGCUGCUGUUGUGGCCAGCAUGGAUGCUCAUCCAAGCAGGUACUCUGCCACAGUAAGGGUACAAUCGCAUCGGCAGGAGAUAAUUCAGGACCUCUACCCCAUGGUUAGAAGUCUGCUUCUUCAGUUCUACCAGUCGACGAGGUUCAAACCUGCAAGGAUUAUCUACUAUCGAGAUGGAGUUAGUGAAGGGCAGUUUUCAAAUGUAUUGAACCACGAGUUGCGCGCGAUCCGCGAGGCCUGCUUGAAGCUCGAGAUCGAGUAUCAGCCAGGCAUCACCUUUGUGGUGGUGCAAAAACGUCACCACACUCGACUCUUUUGCGCUGACAAAAAGGAUCAGAUGGGCCGCUCAGGCAAUAUUCCCGCGGGCACCACGGUAGAUCACGUCAUCACGCACCCUACAGAGUUCGACUUCUACCUCUGUUCGCACGCGGGCAUUCAGGGGACCUCGCGACCUAGUCACUAUCAUGUCCUUUGGGAUGACAAUAAUUUCUCGGCCGAUGACCUCCAGAACCUGACCUACCAACUGUGCCACACCUACGUGCGCUGCACCCGUUCUGUAUCUAUUCCCGCGCCCGCCUACUACGCCCAUCUUGUGGCUUUCCGCGCUCGCUACCACCUCGUGGAGAAGGAGAUUGACAGCGGCGAGGGCAGUCAAAAGUCUGGCAACUCGGACGAACGCACACCCACUGCCAUGAUGCGUGCUGUAACAGUGCACCCUGAGACGUUGCGGGUCAUGUACUUCGCUUAG